GCUUGCCUGUUUUCAGCGAAGAUGCUACCACCCCAGUCUACAGAGGAACACUGGAUGAGCUCUCUGUUGCUGCAGCUGAGAUAAUGGAGGUGAAGAAACCUCGACCAACUGUAACUGUCCGUGGGUUUCUUAACUUUCGAACAACUGUAGAUAAUACGGUCAUCAUAUUUACACCAGUGAGCGAAUAUGAAACUCAAAAACCCAAAUCCCUCCGAGUGUCACCAUUACCGACAACUUCGUCAGCUGUAAUUAGUAACAAUAAUGAAAAUAUGAAAACUGAAAACUUAGCCACCAUACAAAACACUAAAUUAUUUAAAUCUCCUAGUGAUCUUCAUCGUACAGUGAAAGAAUCUCAGUACCAAAAAACGUUUAAUAAUAUCAUUCCAAGCUCAACUACUUUUCAUCCAUCAAGGACACAAUCGUCAUCAUCUCGUUCAUCUUCCAAAUCGCUCGCCAGAGAUUUGCCAACUGUUUCUACCAAGACAAGAGUAGCACCUUCUCUACCUCAUUAUCCAACAGGUUUAGUGACCAUUUUGGGGGGAACACUAGUAGGAGGCGGAAUCACAACAGUUUAUGAAACCAGUGUCAUUGGAACUUACAUCGAAGGAAAGUAUGCUCAAAUCCUUCAAAGCACUUCGCGGAUCAUCUUUGCUGUUUCGAGUACACCUGUACAAAAGAAGAUCCAACCUUCCCCUACUCCUGUUGCUCCGCAACAAAUCUCCAGGAAACCGAGGUUUCAAUUUUCCCGCCGAGUAACAGUCUCUAAAAGUUUAAAACAAAGUAACCAUCCACGCAUAGGUUCAAUUCGACAACCAAAUGAUGGUAUUAAAGACUCAGAACCAAACACAGAUGAUAGAUUCCCUACACUUCUCGAGUCAUCCUUUAAGUCCCCAGAAUUCUCACAACAUCAGUCUCACCGACCAACUCAGUUUCUGGACCCUAUUCACACCAGUACUCUGGCGAUUCGAGAACGUUUGUGGGCCUCUAGGCAGUCUGAGAAAGUAGAAGACACUGUGUUUAUGCGCACACUCAGGAGACCUUCUGCCAGGUUUCAGUAUGUUCCUAGGAAGAGGAACACUAACACGGUUCGUUUAAACCGCUUCAAAGUGAGGCUGGCAAGGCGUCCGGAAGUCCACAAAACAGAAAAGACGUUUUCUCUAGAAGAUAAUAGCGAAACGGUGCCAAAUGAGGAUCCAGUGGAUCCUGAUAGUGUAGUAUACGAACUAACCACCGUAACUAGCGAGGUUACUUUACACGUGGGUCGUCGUAAGUCAGUGCGGACGUUAACCAUAACCACCCACGUUCCUCAUACACUUGACCCCACGGAACUUCUAUCCAAUGAUCUCUUCGAGUUCACUGAAGACGAAGAUAAUCUGUUAAUGAGCGUUAGUCCUUCUUUUACCGUCAUCACACGGACCUACUCCACUACACAGCACACGUGGCGGACGUUUUUGAUACCUGUGUUUGAUGGAGAGUCCACAGCCUCUCGCACUGUAACUGAAAGCUUCAUUAUUCGGAAGACUAUCACCGCCUACAGAACCAUGCCUCCAGCCCACCUGUUAGUGGUUAACGCUUCAGACUUUCAAUUUCCAGACGUCAUCGACAUGGACUCGCAGUCAAGUGUCCCUCUCCAAACCCCACUGCCCGGAAUCCGAGGUUUGCGAAACGACAAUCCUCUACUGUCACUGGAGUCGGCGUUGUCCCAGAACCCCUUAGCGGCUGUAUACUUGGGGUUGCAGCAACUCAACCAACAAGUAGCCCUUAUGUCAACUAUCACUAAAACCUCUUCGUACGUGACGACUGAGACUGUCUUUAGCACCAAGGUCGUCAGCUUCUACGAUGGUCGAGCUACGCGGUUUAGAACAUUGUCCGAGCUUUUAUCAACCACAGAACGAACGUUGUCUUCUGUAUUCACAACAGUCCAACCAGUGGUCAACACACAGGCGCUUCCACAUCGGCAACAGUUCCAGCAACUGUUCGCGACCCAGCCGCAGUACAGCACCAUCACGUCGUCUUACACCACUGUUACCACGGCAACCAGUACCAAAGUCCGUGUCUAUACGCUCAUUUAUAACGCAUUUAGCACGAAGUACCGUACGGUUACAAGUACUAGUUUCGUCCCAACAAAUGUAGCAACGUUUACCACGAUAAAAGUGCCUAUUACUCCUUUGUAUACUUAAGUGUAUUGUAUAUUACAUUUAAACAUUGUACUUCUCAGGAACACAUUGCCACCAGGGAACAUCAGGCUAUCGAUAUAGUAAGUUCUGUGGCCUGGCGUUGUAAACAGAUGAGUGGAGACAACGAUUGGAGAAACUAACAGAACGUUAAGGUAAAAAACAUUAAAUAAACAAUCGAGUAAACACCAGCUAAACUUUGGGUGAUUGAAAAGUUCUUAAGGUAGUCUUGCUGGACGAAAUCUCUACCUAUUUUUGUAGGUAUUGGGUGAAUGAAAAGUUCUUAAGGUAG